GACAACCAGGAAUGUUUUCCCAACGCAGACUAUGAGUCAACGCCGCUAUUUCUCCACACCUACACCAAAUACCAGGCUAUGCCAUUGACCCUCAUUGUCUUUCAAGGAUGAACAGGUAAUGGCACACGACCAUCCAGGCGGCCAUGCGAUUCCUCACGCGGACUCCUACGCCUUUAACAACCUUCGCGACACGAACAGCAAUUCAGAUUCAGCGAAGUCCAGUCAAUAGAUUCAACCUCCGAUGGUAUACUUCGGCGAAAGUCGAAUACCAUGGCCCAAGUCCACGGGUCGCCAUUAUAGGCUCCGGCCCUGCCGGCUUCUACACGGCUCAGAAGUUGAUGCGUGAGGUUCAAGGCACAAAGGUGGAUAUGUAUGAGCAGUUGCCUGUGCCAUUUGGUCUUGUUCGCUUUGGAGUUGCUCCAGACCAUCCUGAAGUCAAGAACUGUCAAGACACCUUCCAAGAUGUCGCCUCCUCUCCCGACUACACCUUCAUCGGCAACGUCCACCUCGGUACUGAUUUCCCCCUCCGCCUCCUCUCCAACCAUUACGACGCCAUUGUAUUCGCCUAUGGUGCAUCCAAAGACCGCAAGAUCGGACUCGAAGGAGAAGACAAUCCACACAUCUACUCCGCCCGGGCCUUUGUCGGCUGGUACAACGGUCUUCCUGAAUAUCGCGACCUAAACCCGGAUCUCCAAGCCGGCGAAACCGCCAUUGUCGUCGGACAAGGAAACGUCGCUUUAGACGUGGCCCGCACGCUGCUGAGCAAAACAGAACUCCUCUCAAAAACCGACAUCACCGACCACGCAUUACAAGCAUUAUCACAAUCUAAAAUCAAACACGUGCAUGUCGUUGGGCGACGAGGACCGUUACAAGCGGCAUUCACGAUUAAAGAAGUUCGAGAACUUCUCCAUCUCGAAGACAUCAAUUUCACACCUAUCCCUCGCGAUCUCUUCCCACCGGAUCUUACGGCCCUUCCUCGUCCGAAACGACGAAUCAUGGAACUUCUCAUCAAGGGUAGUCCUGUGAAGAAGGAUGCGACGAAAUCAUGGUCGUUGGAUUUUUUGCUGGCUCCGAAACAACUGGAGUGGUCAAUAUUGGAAGGGGGUGAGAAAUCGACAUUAUCGGGCGUGACGUUCUCACGGACGAAAUUGGCCGAUCCGGAUUCACCGAGGUCUCCGGUGGCGACGAUGGAUGAAACACAUACGAUUCCGACGACGACGUUGUUUCGAUCGAUUGGAUAUAAAGCAGAGGCAAUUCCAGGCAUGGAAGAGCUAGGUGCCAGUUUUGAUGAGAGUAAAGGCACAAUUAGCCAUGAUGGAACGGGUCGGAUCGGACCUAUCACUUCUAAUUCAUCAUCUUCCUCUAGUGAAACGAGCCCCCCCUCGCCACGACUCUACUGUUCUGGCUGGGUAAAGCGAGGUCCAACAGGUGUGAUUGCAUCAACAAUGAGCGAUGCAUUCCAAACAGCCGAGGCGAUAGUCGAAGACUGGAAAUCGGCGGCAGCGUCGCCGACCCCAUCAGCGACAACUAGUCCUAAGCGACUCGGCUGGGAAGGCGUCCUUCAAGAUGCCAAAACCUUGAACUUGACCCCUCGACCUGUCUAUUGGGAUAAUUGGCGACAAAUUGAUGAUGUUGAGAAGAAAACUGGACAUAUCAAGGGGAAGCCAAGAGAGAAAUUCACUCAUGUUCAAGAUAUGUUGGAGGCAUCGGGGAAGUAAGAGAUGGUUGACGACAUGAGAUAAAACUCGCCUCUUGUAUAAAUUCCAUGUACCAUUAUUCACAUAUAGAUCAUAAGAAGAUGGACACUGUCCGCAAUUUACAAAGUGG